CGCGGAGCCGAGCGGAGCCCAGACGGACCGAGCAGCAGCAGCAGCGCCCCCGACUCCGGCCUCUGCCACGCCGCGGCUGCCCCUGCCCGCCCCCCGCGCCCCCCGCCUCUGCCUUGCGGUCCGCGCCCCCGCCGCACCAUGUCGGUGGAGCUGGAAGAAGCCGAUCUGCCCCUGACCGAGGCGGAGGAGGCGCCGCUCGCCCCGGAGAAGAAAGCGGCCGCUAAGAAGGCGAAAGGCAGCGGCUCGUCGCUGUCGCCGUCGAAAAAGAAAAAGAACAACAAAAAGAAGAACCAGCCGGGCAAGUACAGCCAGCUGGUGGUGGAGACGAUCCGCAAGCUGGGCGAGCGCAAUGGCUCCUCGCUGGCUAAGAUCUACAACGAGGCCAAGAAGGUGGCCUGGUUCGACCAGCAGAAUGGCAGGACCUACCUGAAGUACUCCAUUAAGGCCCUGGUGCAGAACGACACGCUGCUCCAGGUCAAGGGCACCGGCGCCAACGGUUCCUUCAAGCUCAACAGGAAGAAACUGGAAGGCGGCGGCGAGGGGGGCACGGGCAGCAGCGCCCACAAGUCCCACAAGAAAGCAACGGCUUCCACGUCCCGGCGGGCGGAGAAGAAGCCGGCCGCCAAAAGCAAGAAGCCCGAGAAGAAAUCGCACAAGAAGGGAGCCAGCGGCGCGGCGGCGAAGAAGGACAAGGGCAAAGCCAAGAAGGCCACCAAGAAGGGAGCCGCCUCCCCCGGGGGCAAGAAAGUGAAGAAGUCGGCAAAGCCCAAGGCACUCAAGAGCCGGAAGGCAUGAGAGCGGGGCGCAGGGAGCCCCCCGCCGCCCCCGGACUGUGAGCCCCGCCGCACAGACUGCUCUGAGGACAGACCCCAGGGGACCCGCUUUGUCUUUGUGUUGCUGACUCGGCUCCGCAGCCGCCGCCGUGCGCGGUGAGCGGGGCUGCGGCUGCCCCAGCCCCCCCUUCCCCCUCUCUCCGACGCCUUAUUUUUUUCCAUUCCCCCCCCCCCCCCCCCCCCUUAACCCCCCCUCCGCCUCCCUCCCGCGGCUUUUCCCCGAUCGUGCCCUUUUGUUUUCGGCCGUGCCCCUCCCCGCGUGUAGACGGUUCCCGACACCU